AUGGCGACUUCAACUUCGAAAUGCAUCGACAUUCAUCAAACAACAGCUGUCCUUGAAUGGCAGUGGGAAGGUACCACGCGUACCUUGACGACGGCAGAUCCCGAUCACGACGCGAUACAAUUUACGUUGCAACUCGAUUCCAAUAACGACGACCAAUCCCAUGCGCAUUUUGAGAUCAGCAUCCCUGUUAGAUUCAAGGACAAACCCGCUGGUGCAGGAGUUUGCCUUCGCAUCAGCCCUUUCUUCAUCAAAUCAUGUACACAUUCCACGUUACCCAACCCUUCCGAUACCGUCAAGCAGGUGUUCGCAUCGACCACAUACCUUGACUUCGAAUUGAGUAAUACAAUCACUGUUCUCAUUCCCAAUGAUGUGCAAGAGCCAAUUAUAGCAGCUCGGGCGCGCUCGGGCAAGAUCCUCGACUCAUUAUUUGAGUUGUCCCGUGUUACGUCUCUACGUGUUUACAUGCAAGAGUCGGUACUAUCGACCGAUUACCUCGAAUCCAUCACCAAAACUGUGGAACAAGAUCAAAUUAAGCCUUCCUCGAAUCCAGACCAUGACAUCUCACGCAUGUUCAGUGGCAACGGAGGGAAAGUUGCAACCAUCACUCCACCCAAACCCCCAUCCUACGAGAAAGCAACUCAGCUCCCACCCAACACCAACGCUCCACCUAGUCGUAAACGGCCCCGACAAGACAGCCGACCCGACAUCUUCACCCAAUUCUGGGAUAAGCUGAACAAACUUGAGUGUAAGGUUGGAGAGCUGCAAGCCGACAAUGCCCAGCUGCGAGUUGAGAACACCCAGCUUAAAGACAAGGUUGCGCGGUUGGAGAAGAGGUGCGAUGGGCUGGAAGGGUCGGUGCCACAAGCCACUGGGAAUGACACAGAGGAGGCUGUGAUGAUAGAGAUACGAGACGACAUUGACUCCUUGGAUGGGAGAGUGACUUGUCUCGAGACUGGGAGAGAUGAAGAGUUCAGCGAGCAAAUAAAGGAAGAGAUUUUUGACGAGCUAGCAAAGCGUCUUCUAGGUGGAUGA